UCACGUGACUUGGUCAUGGCUCAGCCGCACUCUUUGAGCGACUCUCACACAAGCUUCGAAGCCUCGGUGUCAGACUUAAAGUCACUAAUGGAAACCAUGAAUCCGAGGAAAAGCACACAGAAAACACACAGUGUAUGCUAAUUCAACAUUGCUGUCCUGUGCAAAGUAACAUGGAAAAUGAAAACUCUGCUGAGUCCUGUGAAGAAAAUCGUAAGGCUCACCAAAGCCUCCAGUCCCACAGGAGCACAAAGAAUGAUUCCCGAGCAUCUUCCUUCCAAAAACUUAAACGCUGCCAGAACAGGCGGCACAAAAUUCUGAAGGACAGUGGAAAAGAGGACUGUGCAGAGAACAGGUCAAAAAGCCACAGCUUGCAUUCAGAUCCAGAUCGAGACCAGAUAUCAGAUGAAGGACGUAGGAGUAGUGGGUCAUUUUACUUGGAGGACUUUGAGAAUGAUUUUGUUUCAGAUCACUCAUUGUCAUCGUACUCUCAGUCUCAGGGGUCGUCUCCCAAUUCACAGAGAGGGAUGCGUUCAAAGAAAAUGCACGACAGCCCUGCCGACACGAGAGGAAGGAAAGGUGGUGUGGGCCGCCAUGUUCCAUCUCACCUGCGUCGUCCAGGUUGCUCCUCCCAAUCCCAGCUGCAUCGCGGGCGAGGGCGUUCCCACAGCAAGGACUCCACUCCUCCAAAAGACCUGGAUUUGGUAACCAAGAAUGUGCUCUCAGCGCGCCUGCUAAAGAUCAACGAAUUGCGUAACGCAGUCACUGAGCAGCAGCUGCAAAUUGACGAGCUGCAGAAGGAAAACAGAAUUCUCAAAAAGCUGCAGGUGCGACAAGAGAAAGCUUUGCAGCGCUACGACGACACAGGAGUGGAAAUCUCCCAGUUGCUGUCGCGACACUCCAAUGAGACUCUCACACUGCGUGAACACGUACGGCGAGCUAAGGAGCAGCAGCGCGCGGCUGAGCGCCAGCUGAAGGACAGCGACGAGCGGCUGCAGAGGAGUCGGGCGACGGUCGCACGGCUGAAAACUCUGGUUGCUCAGCACGAGCUGGCACCCAGGGAGGAGCUGAGCCGCAGACUCGAGGAAGAGACGACUCGAAGGCAAGACGGAGAAACCAAGAUUAAAGAGCUGGAACGUAAGAUGGAGCUGAUGAGUGGCAGUUACCAAAGGCAGUUGGCUGCAGAGAGGAAAAAGUGCAUCGGUGCCCAGGAGAAGGUUGCGGCUCUGCAGGAGGAGCUGAAACAGCUGACCGAUAAACUCAAGGAGAAAGAGAGAGAACGAGACGCCCUGAAUAUUUACGCACGCCACGCAGGGAAACCGUCCACAAACAGAAAGGACCACAGCUCAUCCAGCACUAAGGCCGUACAGACUGAAGACAACUUAUUUAGCACAGAUUUCCCCCCACCUCCCCCAACUGUUACCGAGGGCAUCAAACAGGCGGACGACGAAUAUUUAUCCCUCAAGGAGCGUGACAGACCAGAGAGCCCGGCACAGGCGGAAAAUACCCAUCAAAACUGGGACGAUCAGCAGACGAGUGGAAUAAAAAGAGAAAAUGACAAGGAGAAGCAACAAGUGGACCAGCAGCAGAAUGGCCCUGAGAAGAAAGAGGAGAAACAAAGAGAUGGCUGGGGAAGACAAACAGGGGAAUAUCAGGAAGAUGACUCCAGCAAGAAGAACAGCCAUGUUCGGGAAGAAGUGGAGCGAUGGAACCAGGAGGCUCAGUCCAAUUGCCAAGCGGCAGAGGAGAAUCAUCACCAAAAAGAACAGCUGCUGGAGAAGAUGCGUAAAAUAGACCUUCAGAACCAAGCAGUCAAGCAUCAGUUUGGAACAUCUGAGCGACGUACUCCGCGUUUUUCUGAGCAGGAGACUCAUAAUCUGUCUGUUUUCAGCCUCACGGAGCCGGAUCAGUCUUCAGGGUUACGAUUUGGAUCUGGAAGCCGGGAAGGUGGAAGGAGAAAACCAGCUGCAGAGUCCGGUGGCGUGAGACCGCUACAAUCCCAGACGUCUCGCGAGGACUUGUCAUUCGGGAGCUACACGCCUUCUUUUGGAGUGUCCACUUCCCGAUAUUCGCCAGGCUUCCCGCCGCCUCCCCCCAAAAAGGAGCAGGACUCCCCAUUAGAAGCAGUCGGCGUUUUUAACCUUGAACUGGCGGAAAAAGACAAGGUGAUGGACAGAAGAGCAGUGAAGUCCAACCUGAUGCAGCAGCUCUUCGGUACCCAGACAGUGUCUGCUGGCGAAAACACGUACGCCUCCAACUCCGCUAUCAUUGAUAUUUUCAACAGUCAUCCGACUAGCAGCGUGAUACGCGCAGGGAGGCGGUGUAACCCAGACUCCUCCCCUUCUCCUGCUGCACCUCACCAGCGCUCUCUGCACGUCACGGACAGCAGACCCGCCGUCUGUGCCGUCCCAUCGUUCGACAAUGACAUAGAGGAACUCACUUUGUGAGCGAGCUCACAAUCAGUCACCACAUAAAACAAAUUACAAGAUAACAAAUUGUGAUAUUUAGACAACAUCACCAAAAAGUCCAGACUGUUUCAAGGUAAUAUUAAAAUGUAUUUAUUUUCAGUGGCCUGCAAUUAGUUUGUAAUUUUACCUCAUUUUAACCACAUUUGUUGGUUGUUAUAAUAUGUGUGUACUUGGUCUUGAAUUUUAAUUUGUUCUGACAGAUGUUUUGGUUGUUUCUCUAUUUUUACUGUUGUGUUCGUCAUGUUUAUGUAGAGCACUUUUUUACUAUAGCACUUUGAGUGUGUUAUAUAAAUAAAUUUGUUGUUAUUUCUAGGCUUUUCCAAAGCAGGAGAAUAGACUGUAAAUUACAAUGAGUGAAUGAAUAGAUUGUGAGCAUGAUAACUCAGAAACAAUAAAUGCUGAGAGCUUGUAAGUUUCCACAUUUCAAGGACAUGUAAUGAGAAUGAGCUCAUUAAACUUUGGUUAACUUUGAUACACUAGAUCAAUACAAAAAGCAGACGUGAAGGGAACAGAGGG